AUGCUGCUAUGCCGCUCCUACAUGAGUGGGCCCAGUGCCUGCAUCAGCUCUUCGAGCUUCUCCCUAGUGGGCAGCAGCAGUUUCCGGGCUGGCCUGGGCAGAGGCUAUGGUGGGACCAGUGGCAUGGGAGGCAUCACCGCUGUCACAGUCAACCAGAGUCUGCUGAGCCCCCUUAGGAGGUGGAUCCCAACAUCCAGGCCGUGCUCACCCAAGAGAAGGAGAAGAUCGAGAACCCCACCAACAAGUUUGCCCCCUUCAUCGACAAGGUACGGUUCCUGGGGCAGCAGAAUAAGAUGCUGGGAGACCAAGUGGAGCCUCCUGCAGCAGCAGCAGACGGCUGGGAGCAACAUGGACAACAUGUUCCAGAGCUACAUCAACAACCUUAGGCGGCAGCUGGAGACUCUGGGCCAGGAGAAGCUGAAGCUGGAGGCAGAGCUUGGCAACACGCAGGGGCUGGUGGAGGACUUCAAGAACGAGUACGAGGAUGAGAUUAAUACGCGUACAGAGAUGGAUAAUCGAUUUGUCCUCAUCAAGAAGGAUGUGGAUGAAGCUUACAUGAACAAGUUAGAGCUGGAGUCUGGCCUGGAAGGGCUGAUUGACGAGAUCAACUUCCUCAGGUGGCUGUAUGAAGAGAAGAUCCGGGAGCUGCAGUCCCAGAUCUCCGCCACGUCUGUGGUGCUGUCCAUGGACAACAGCCGCUCCCUGGACACGGACAGCAUCAUCGCUGAGGUCAAGGCGCAGUACGAGUUUGCCAACCGCAGGCGGGCUGAGGCUGAGAGCAUGUACCAGAUCAAGUAUGAGAAGCUGCAGGCACUGGCUGGGAAGCACUGGGAUGACGUGCAGCAUACAAAGACUGAGACCUCCGAGAUAAACUGGAACAUCAGUGGGCUCCAGGUUGAGACUGAGGGCCUCAAAGGCCAGAGGGCUUCCCUGGAGGCCGCCAUCGCAGAUGCCGAGCAGCCUGAGGAGCUGGCAGUUAAGGGUGCCAACGCCAAGCUGUCCGAGCUGGAGGCCGCCCUGCAGCCGGCCAAGCAGGACAUGGCGCGGCAGCUGCGUGACUACCAGGAGCUGAUGAACGUCAAGCUGGCCCUGGACAUCGAGAUCGAGAUCGCCACCUACAGGAAGCUGCUGGAGGGCGAGGAGAGCCGGCUGGAGUCUGGGAUGCAGAACAUGAGUAUCCAUACGAAGACCACCAGCGGCUAUGCAGGUGCGCUGAGAUCGGCCUAUGGGGGCCUCACCAGCCCCGGCCUCAGCUACGGCCUGGGCUCCAGCUUUGGCUCUGGCAUGGGCUCCAGCUCCUUCAGCCGCACCAGCUCCACCAGGGCCGUGGUUGUGAAGAAGAUCGAGACCUGCAACGGGAAGCCAGUGUCCGAGUCCUUUGACGUCCUGCCCAAGUGA